GUAAUUCACACCACAACCAGCUUUUUCACCUUCGACUGCGAAAAGUGGUAUGCCCCCUGUCGCUCUGCAAGCAGGAGAGGGAGGGUCAACAUGGCGUCUGAACAGGAGAGUUCCAAUGGGCCAGUGAAGAAGUCCAUGCGAGAGAAGGCUAUAGAAAGACGUAAUAUCAACAAAGAACACAACAGUAACUUUAAAGCUGGCUAUGUACCCAUAGAAGAAGAGCGUCUUCAUAAGACAGGGCUGAGAGGACGCAAGGGAAACAUGGCUGUUUGCAUCAUCGUCCUCCUCUUCCUCCUUGCCUUAAUUAACCUCAUUAUCACACUAGUAAUAUGGACAGUGAUCCGUAUUGGUCCGAAUGGCUGCGACAGUAUGGAGUUCCAUGAAACUGGCCUGCUGCGGUUCAAACAGAAGGCGGACAUGGGCAUCGUUCACCCACUGCACAAGAGCACAGUAGGAGGCCGUAAGGACCAGGACCUGGUCAUUGUUGGCAACGAUAACCCAGUUGUGUUCCAGCAAGGCACUACUAAGCUGAGUGUAGAAAAGGACAAGACCUCAGUCGUCAGUGAUGUUGGCAUAUCCUUCACAGACCCUCGCACACAGACCACAUUCUUCAGUACAGACUUUGAAAACCAUGAGUUCCAUUUGCCCAAAGGAGUCAAAGUCCUCAGUGUUAAAAAGGCUUCAACAGAAAGGAUCACCAGUAGUGCAGCAUCUGACCUGAACAUCAGAGGGGACAGCAAGGCUAUUAUUCGUGGUAACGAGGGAGUCAACAUCAUGGGCCGGACUGUAGAGUUCAAAAUGGGUGGAGGCAUCGAGCUCAGGGCUGAAAACAGCAUCAUCCUCAAUGGAUCAGUCAUGUUCAAUGCCACACGCAUCCCUAACUCCGCAGGAGAUGUGUAUUUCGAUGAGGGUCAGGAGAGGUACAAGCUCUGCAUGUGUGCAGAUGGGACUCUCUUCCGUGUACAGGUGAAAUAUCCCAACAUGGGCUGCCAGACAUCAGAUAACCCAUGUAGAAAAGCUCACUAAGCGUCUGGACUGGAAUCUGCUGUACCUCACCACUGAAGUCAGAUUACAAAUUUGCAUAUACAGGACAUUCUAUAGGAAAUUCAUUAUAACUUGCAGAUAAUAAUACCUCUGUAGUUCACCUGAAAAAUUCUGUAUUCUUUAUUUUGUUUGCAAAGCAGGAAUUGUGUUACAGAUCGUUACCACUUGGCCAAAGAUAUUAACAUACAUGCUGAGGUAUUUUUAUUGUUCUGAAGAUUUGCUUACUUUAUUUAAACCUCAUUAUGCCAUGUAAGCAGGUAACACUCUUAUAUUUAACAUUAUACUGUGGUUUCCACUGCCCAUUGCUAGAAGUUGGAAGCUACAGUAUACUUUUUGCCUUACCGUCCAGUAUUACUAAUAUACAUUCAGUUGGCAGUUUAUUAGGUCCAUCUAGCUAAAACUAAUAC